AUUUUCCUAUAAAUUUGGCAUUUUCCUCAAUUGCCAUUGCACCCUAUUUUCCUUCACCUUCAAAGAAGAAGUAAUCAAGAAUCCACGUAUUGCUUACUAUUUUAUCACAAAAUAGGCACAUAACACCAACACUAAUAGCAAAAUCUUGAACUCUCAUUAGCCAAAAGCCCUUUAAAACAUGUCCUCUUCAUCAGCAGAAUCGAAAAUGGCCCUAGCCAAGACGGUUUUAUCGACAGUAGGCUCUGUUGCUGCGACAGCUAUGUUGGUCCGUACGAUAGUCCACGACUAUAUUCCACCGGAACUCCAUCAGUAUCUCUACUUUGGACUCAGAAAUAUUUUCACUAAGUUCUCAAAUCAGCUGACGAUGGUGAUUGACGAAUUUGAUGGCCUUGUCAAUAACGAAAUUUAUGAAGCUGCUGUGAUCUAUUUGGGCAACAAGUUGUCCCCUAACAUCCAUCGACUCAAAGUCAGUAAGCCUGAGAAGGAGAAGAAUUUCAACAUCACGAUGGAACGGAAUGAGGAGGUGAUCGAUGUUUACAAUGGACAAACAUUCAAAUGGAUUUGGCUCUGCAAACACACAGAGUCUAAACACUUCUACAAUCCCAGGGACAUGAAUUCCACAUUAAAAUCUGAAAUCAGGUCCUUUGAAUUGACAUUUCACAAGAAAAACAAGGACCUUGUCCUUAAUUCUUACUUGCCAUACAUCAUGAAAGAAGCAAAAUUACAAAAACACGAAAACAAGACGAUCAAGAUUCACACUGUGGAUUAUGAAGCCAUGUGCUGUUUACGUGACAUGUGGAAGCCGGUGAAUCUUGAUCAUCCUGCCACUUUUGAGACAAUCGCAAUGGAAUCGGACCAGAAAGACAUGAUCUUGAAGGAUUUGGAGAGAUUUGUGAAGCGGAAAGAGCAUUAUAGGAAAGUAGGGAAGGCAUGGAAAAGAGGGUAUUUGUUGUAUGGUCCUCCGGGGACCGGGAAAUCUAGUUUAAUUGCUGCGAUGGCGAAUUAUUUGAACUUUGAUAUAUAUGAUUUGGAGUUGACUGAUCUGAGGAGGAACUCGGAAUUAAGGAAGUUGUUGGUUGGUACAGCCAAUAAGUCCAUUUUGGUGGUAGAGGACAUUGAUUGUACCAUUGACUUGCAAGAUAAUUUGGCCAAUCGAGCUGUUGUUCAUUCAAAUGGUUUUAAUCAGCAAGAAAGCAAGGUGACCUUAUCAGGUUUACUGAAUUUUAUUGAUGGAUUAUGGUCGAGCUGUGGAGACGAAAGAAUCAUAAUUUUCACAACAAAUCACGUAGAGAAACUCGACCCUGCACUAUUACGACCUGGAAGAAUGGACGUGCACAUUCACAUGGCAUAUUGCACACCUUGUGGCUUCAAACUUCUUGCUGCUAAUUACUUAGGAAUUAAAGAUCAUAAAAUGUUCAAAGAAAUUGAGGAAUUAAUUGACACAGCAAAUGUGACACCAGCAGAAGUGGCAGAGCAAUUAUUGAAGGAAGAUGAAGUUGAGGAUGCACUUAAGGGGUUGAUUAAUUUUCUUCACAAAAAGAUACAAGAGAAGGAAGAGGAAAAGGCUAAGAAAGUGGAAAUAACUCAAGUGAAGUCAGUUGAUGAGAAGAAAGAAAGUGAUGAAAAUGGGAUUAAAGAAAAUGAGGAAGAAAAGGGAUUGCCAAAUGGGGAAGUAAAAACUACAUAGAAGGCAAAAAAGCCUUUCAUAGAAUAUGACACAAUAUUUCCUUAUAAAUCAUGAAGGAGUCUAUCUAAUCCAUGGGAGUCUAUCUAAUCGAUGGUACAAUAAUACUUGAUUAUAAUUAUAAUGUAGUAUGUCUUCUCUCCUUAAGAACCAAGUAUUGACUAUCAAUAGCCUAUCAUUUUCUUCUUUUAUUGUCAGUGUAUGUAAACAAAGUCUUCUCUCCUUAAGGACCAAGUAGUUUGUCCCCUUAAAAA